AUGAUCUUCGGUCCGGUGGUCGGGAAACUGCUCGUGCUGGUGGUGGUGCUGUUUGAGGGUCACGCAGCAGAGAUGGCCCCGGUCCCUCAGUGGUCUGGGGAAGACUUUAGGAACAUAACCCUGACGCGGCACCGGGCAUGUGUGGAAAAUGAGCAGUAUCUUCACAUGGGACUGUGUUGCCUCAACUGCCACGCUGGAACGUUUGUGCACAAGGCCUGUGAGCGCGACCAGGAGUACGGCACGUGUCUCGUCUGCGAACAGGGCCAGACCUACACCGAGCACUCCAACGGGAUGAACCGCUGCCUGCCCUGCACCCACUGCCGCUCCGACGAGAUCGAAACCGCUUCUUGCACAACCACAACUGACACCAGAUGCCAGUGCCGAUCGGGAACCUUCUGCGUCCCAGACCAGGCCUGCGAGGUCUGCAAACGCUGUGCGAAAUGCAAACCCGGAGAGGAGGAGGUGAAGAAGUGCACCCCUUUCUCCAACACCGUGUGCCGAAAACGAGACGUGAAUCCUACGCCUAAAUCUCCGUCUGCUCCGGUCCCCACCUCCACUUCCCCGUCGUCUAUCGUGAUCCCCAUUUGUAUCAUCUUGGUGAUUGCCGUCAUCCUUGCUAUAAUUGGAAUCGCUCUUUGGUGGUUUCUACUCAAGCAGCAGUCAUGUGAAAUCCCAUGCUCUGGAAGUCACUGCGAAUCCAGCGAGAUUGUAAAGAUCCCAAUCGACGAGAGCGGAGACACAGCAGAGGAGCGGCAGAACAACCAGAACGCGGGCCUGGAGGGAGAGGAGCCCCGUCCCGAGUCCCGGCCGCUGCUGCAGGAGACGCAGUCCGUCCUGACCAAAGCCUCUCCGACCCUGGAGGACGAGGACCGCGGACUGGGGGACAGUUUACCCAACACCACCAGCUCGUCUCAGACCAGCCUGCCGGGUCUGCCCAGCGGAGCCUCCUCCUCGCCACAUCAAAGCCCCAGUCCUCCCAGACUCACACCUGCUGCCAUCGACAAUCCUCUGGAGAAUCGACUCGUGCCUCUUCAAGGGUCAGAAAAGUCCCUCAAGAAGAGCUUCGAUUUGUUCGACGAAAACCUGGACGUGCGGAUCCACAACAAGUUUUUCCGGUCGAUCGGCGUCAGCGACAACCACAUCCGCAUCGCCGAGAACGGCCCCCCCACCGACAAAGUCUACGAACUGCUCAAGAACUGGAUGCAGAGGCAGGGACUCAAGGCCGACAUCAACGACCUCCUGGACGCUCUGCUCAGCAUGGACCAGCGCCGAUCGGCAGAAAACAUCGCCACGGCCGCGCUCCGGAGAGGCUACUACAAACACGCCGACACACCCUGA